AUGGCCGUGGCCUCCUCCGUCCUCGCCCAGGACCCAGGCCCGUCCCCGACCGCUUCGGUGGGCUGUGAGCCUCAUGGGGACCACUGGCAUUGCGAUGGCCCUGCGACCGCGGCGGCCACAGAAACCGCCACUCCUGCUGUGCCCAGCCCGACCGAGUCUGUCGGCUGUGAACCCCAUGGUGACCACUGGCACUGUGAUGGCCCGGCAUCGACCGCCGCGACUGCCACCUCCACCGCGACAGGCUCUCAUGACGACCAUGAUGAGGAAUCGACGACUACCCCGACGGUGCCCUCUCCUACUGAGUCAGUUGGCUGUGAGCCUCAUGGUGACCACUGGCACUGCGACGGGCCCGCCGAGACUGGCUCGAGCGCCAGCGCCAGCACCAGUACCAGUGCCAGCAGCACUAGCUCUGCGGCCGGGGCUGCAGCGAGUGGAUCUGACGGCGAAGAGGGUGCUGCCGGCAACAUCGGCGUUCAGCUGUCUGCAGUAGUUGGAUUGGCCCUGGGUGUUGCUGUGUUGCAGCUUUGA